AUCAGGGACAGGCGGUUGAGACCAGUGGCUUCCGCCAUGAAGAACUUAGUUCAUGGAAUUAAGGAAAAGACACCUAUGGGCUUCUGCGAUGUCCCACGAAAAAACUUGUUGGACUUUUUACGUGAUAUGAAAAGUAUUUCUGUCCCAAAUGAACCCAGAUACAAACCUCUCAAAAAGAUUCACCAGGCUGCAAGUGAGGGUGAUGCAGAGAGACUGCAGAGAAUGAUAAGUCUUGGAAAACACAGUGUACAUGACAGAGACUAUAAGCAAAGGACUGCUCUGCAUUUUGCUUGUGCCUAUGGCCAGGUAGAAGUAGUAAGUGUGCUGUUGAGAAAUAAUUGUGACAUUGAUGCCGUUGACAUGAACUCUGUGACACCUCUGAUGAAGGCUGUACAAAACUGGACAUAUGAAUGUGUACGUACAUUGUUGAAGCAUGGUGCUGAUCCAAACCGUAUGGACAAAGAUGGCAAUACUUCUCUUCACUAUGCAGUGUAUGAAGACAACCAGACACUGGCUAAAUGCUUGCUUAAAUAUAGUGCAGACAUGGAACAAAAGAACAAGGAUGGCUUUACACCACUUUUACAGGCUCUCAAGGAAAACAAAAUAGAGAUGGCAAAAUUUUUAGUAAAGAAUGGGGCAAAUAUACACGUAUUUGAUGAGAUGAAAAGAAACACACUCUUAUAUGCCAUAAGAUGGGAUUCAAAGGAUAUGGUGAGUCUACUUCUGAAUGAAGGCAUUGACUUUUUCUUCAAAGAUGUGUUUGGAUGGACUGCAUUACGUUAUGCUAUUGAAGGCACAAGUAAAGGUAGUCGAGAGAUUCUUAUGGACUACGAUGAAAAGUUGCGUAUUAAACAUAAAAAUGGCAGUUCAGCAUGCAAGAAUUCUGAAGACAAUUCAUUAGCCAAGUACCCCGAUGGUCCUACUUCAGCAUCCACCUUGCCUAAAUCAAAGGAGGAGGAGAGUGAUUUUAAUGACAAGUAUUCCACUGAAGGGAAUGUGCCCAUUCUAAAUGAAGCAGGAAAGACAGCAGAUUCACAUCACUUCAUAAUAGAAUCAGACUUAGAAGUUGAAUCACUAGAAGAAACACUUUCAGAUGAAAAUGAAGAUAAACAGUCAUUGAGUAAUGAUGGUGAUUUUUCUGGGACAACAGAUGAAUGGAGUCAAAAAGAUACAAGUAGACAAAACACAGGUCAAGUUUGGAUGUUUCCUAACAUGAAGUCUUCCAUUGAGGGGAAAAUGCCCAUUCUCAAUAAAGCUGGAAAAAUGGUGAACUCACAUCACUUCAAAAUAGAAUCAGAUUUGGAAAUUGAAUCUCUGGAGGAAACUCUGUCACUUGGCAAUGAAGACAAACAGCCACUGUAUCGUCCACAAAUAGGUGAUGGCCAUUUUAAUGGGAAAACAAAUGAAAGACCAGGACGUAAUGUAGAUGGACAAAUGAAAGUCAAUAUAUUUUCUCACAUUGUUCUCAAUCAACAGCAGAAUUCCAAAGCACAACCAGCAAAACUAAAAUUCCCCAAAGUUGUGAUAGUACCACUGAAAAAGCAAUCUGGACCAAGGGGUAUUGUUCAUUUAUUUGCUGUUAAAGAUCAAAGAGAAGACAACAUGGGAAUUAGUCAAGAGAAAGACUCUCCUGAUGAACAUCCUAAACCUAAGCCUACCUUUGAAAAGGCAGAUUUCAUUGCACAUGAAGAUUCAGAUACCAAUCAAGAGAACUCUUCACAUGCAGAACAAGCUAUUGAACUGACAUUAGAAGAGGAACAGAAAAAGGAAGACAGCAGUGAAAACAACCAAUGCUUGAACAUCUUCAAGCUACUCCAGCAAAAGCAAAUUGGUUCUUUAUUUGUGACUAGAGAUAACAGUGAAGAGAGUACAAUAAAUGGCAUGGAGAAAGAACAGUCUAUGUCAAAUGAUUCGCCAGCCAAGAAGAAUGCAAAAUCAUUACAAACAGAAUCAGAAGUAAUACUUAUACCUGAGACAGGACAAAAGUGCCAGAUGGACAGUGAAAAGAACAACCAAUGGCAUGUGUUUAAGAAAUCUCAACCAAUCAAGACUUCUGUGACUGAAGGUCAAAGUGCAGAAAUUACAAUAAAUGGCCAAGUGAAAGCUUCAACUACUCACAUGGACUCACCAGAAGAGCCAGCUUUAAAACUGACAUUAGAGGAAGCACAAAAGAGGCAUGAUUAUGGUGAAAAAUCACAACAUGUGCGUCCUUGGCCUAAGGGCUCUGUACGUGUUUACUUUGGUAAACACCGAAGAGGAGACAACACAGUAAAUGUGGAGAAGAAAGACUGUUCUGAAGAAUAUUUGCAGUGUGAGGCUAACAUUGAAAAGAAAGAAUCUGACUUGAGAGGAAAAUCAUCAAUGAAAGAUGUGAAAUAUAUUUCUAAUGAUUUAAAAAUGAAAAGAGAGGAAGAUCUUGAUGGUGAUGAAACUAGUGAAUCAUCUUUACCACUAGGAUUAACUCCAACAUCCACAAAUAUUAUAAAAGGAGCGAGAGGUUUUCAAAAGAAAUUUCUUGAAUGGAAGCCUCCUGUGGAAAUGAAAGAUUCGGACUCAUCAGAAGCUUCAAUGAUGAUGCACAGACAAUCCUUCCUAGGAGAUGCGGAUUUAAAUUUGGAAACAGAGAGCCAGGACUAUAGCGAGAGCAGUGAAAAUACUCAGUCAUCUAAUUUCAUUAUUUCUCUUCAGUCAAAGUAUGUACCACAUUUAUCAGUUGGUUUAACUUCAAGAUCUACAAACUAUCUAAUUGGAGGAGAUAAAGUUCUUCAUAAGAUAUAUCCAGAAUGGAAGAACACUCAGUCUCCCACUGGAAGUAAAGCUUUCAUUUCAUCUGAAGUAUCAGCGGUGAAGCAUGAACAAGAAAUCCCACCAGAAACAUACUUACAAAUGAAAACAGAAGAAAAUCUUGAUGGAAAUGAAAAUAUUCAAUCAUCUGACACUGUUAUGCAGAUGAAGCAAACUCCUCAUUUACCAAUAGGACCAACUGAGAGAACCAUGGAUCUUCUCAAUGAAGAAGGGAAAGGAUUUUGUGUUAGAUAUCGUCAAAGGAAGCCUCCAAUUGAGAAGAAAGAUUCUAUCCCAACUGAAGCAUCAUCGUCAGUAAAGUGUGAACAAGAUUUCCCAGCAGAAGCAGACUUGCAAAUAAAAACAGAGGAUUUUCAAGAAUAUUUUGAUGACAAUGAAAGUAUCCAAUCAUGUAAUUCUGUUAUGUGUCUUCAAUCAAGACCUAGUCCUUAUUUAUCAUUAGGACUAUCUCAAAGGCCCAUAAAUCUUCUAAAUGAAGGAGGGAAAGAAAUGGACAUUCAGAUGAAAGCAGACAACAUUAAAAAUCCUGAGGGAAGUGAGAGCACUCAUUCAUCUGAUACCAUGUCAGAUCUUCAACCCUGGCAUGUUCCUCAUUUACCAGUACAACUUAUUUCAACACCCAGCGAUCUUCUAAAAGACGGAAAGAAAGAAACACACUUACAAAUGAAAUUGGAGGAAAAUCAGAAACAUAUUGAUGGAAAUGAACACAUUCAAUCAUCUGAUAGUGUGACACAUCUUCAACCAAGGCGAAUCCGUCAUUUAUUGAUGGGGCUAAUUCCAAGACCAGUGAAUAUUAUAAGUAGACGAGGUAAAGAAUCUCAAAAGAAAUGUUCUUCGCCAAAAGGUUCCACUGGAAUAAAAGUUGAUGCAAAUGCAAAACUAGAAAGAAAAGAAAUCCAAACAUUCAAAUCAGUGGUAUUAGAAGAUGACCAAAAUAAGUCUGAUGGCAGGAAAAAUGACCAGCCAGUGGGUUCAACAAACAACAAGAAACAUACAAGCAAUGAAAUGGAAGAAGCAACCCACUCCUAUGGCUGUGCAGCAGCAUCUGUGGCUCCUGAUGUUUCUGAGGCUUCUGUUGUAGCUGCUAUCGUUGCUGCAGCGGUUGUUGCUGCAGCUACUCCCGCUGCUGCAGCCACUGCUGCCUCUGCUGCUGCUGCUGCAGUUAUGGCUGCUGUUGCACCUGCUGUUGCUGCUGCUGCUUCUGCUGCUGCAGCUAUUAAUGCUCUGUCUGCUGUUGCCCCCGAUACUGCACCUGACAGUUCUGCUGUUUCUGUGGCUGCUGCGACUGCUGCGACUGCUGCUGCUGCUCCUGCUGCUGCUGCAGCUACUCCAGACCCUGCCCCUGCAAUGGUUGCUGCUGCUGCUGCCGCCGCUGCUGCCGCCACAGUUGCUGUGGCUUCUGUGGCUGCUGCCUCUCUCACGGUUGCUUCUGCUUCUGUUGCUGCAGUGGUUGCUGCCACUAUCACUGCAGCAGCUGGUUCUGAUGCUCCCAUUGUUGCUCCUGCUGCUGCUGCUGUUGCCGCCGUUGGUGCUGCUACUAGGCCUGCUGUAGCAGCUGCCCUGGUUGCUUCUGUUGCUGCUGCUGCAGUUCCUUGUGUUCCUCCUCCUGUUACUACGUCAGCUGCAGCCCCUUCUACUGUUGCUGCUGCUACUGCCGCCGCUGCUGCGGUUGCUGCUCAUGCUGCUGCUUCUCCCGCUGUCGCCGCUGCUGCAGCAGCAGCUGUCGCCAUUGCUGCUGCUGCUCCUCAGGGUGCUCCUGCUGUAGCUAAGGCUGCUGUUGUUGUUGCAGCAGCAGACCCUCCUGGUGCUUCCUCUGCUGCACCCGCUAUUGCACCUGCUGCUGCUGCCCCUGUUACAAAAAAACUUACUCUACAAAGAAAUUAUGCGGAAGCUAGAAAGCAGCAACUUCCUGUUGAGGAGGCUGAUGACCAUGAUAGGAACAAAAAGAAAAUAUCUAAGGAAAAAGUUAAGGUCCUACAGCCAGUAAAAGACACGUGUGAUCUUAAUGCCUUGACUCCAAUAACCGAAUUGUGCUCAGAAGAAUAUCCUGGUAGCACCUUAAAAAGUACACCUGUCUUUGAUUCAUAUAAAGAGUUAACAGAGCUUAAAGAAAUCAAUGUUCAAAUACUCACAGAAAAAAUUAAAGUGGAAAAUGAAUUAUUUGAAGUCAAAGAAGAGAACUCACAAUUACAGAAAAAUCUUGUAAGAAAGAAUGAAAGAAUCUGUAAGCUGAGAUCAAUCAUAAAAGAGCAAGAGGAGAAGAAAAGAAAUAUAAUUUGUGCCUAUAAUAAGAUUGUGGAGGAACUGAGAGAAAAAGAAGAGACGAUUGAGAGAAGAGGAGAGCAAUACGACAGACAAGUUACAGAAACACACAAACUUGAAAUAUGUCUGAAAACAAGAGAUGUGGAGUUGAAGCAGUUACAAAAAGAAAAAGAACAUGCACAGAAGAUGGAAGAUCAUCUCCAAGUGUUGGAACUCGAGAAUACCUCAUUGAUCGCUACAGUGAAAAAACAAAAGGAGGAAAUAGAACAUCUGCAAGGACAUCUGCAAGACACACACAAAGACCUGGCACAGGGUUCCAACUUGGCACAAGCAGCUGUUCAGGAAAGCAAGAACCUCUGUAAGAAUCACACUUCAGUAAUACCUGAGAUGGAAAACACAAUUAAGAGUCUGAAGUCUGAAGUUUCCAGUGUUAAAACUUCCAAAGAGUCAAGCAAAAGAGAACUGGAAAAGUACAGGCAAUAUUAUCUGGAAGAACUAAGAAAUAAGAACUUCUUAUUGUAUGAAUUAAACAGGACUAGUGACAGUCAAGAAGAGUCCCAUGCAGAACUUCACAUGAAAUUUGAGCAAAACAUUUCUGCAUCAAAUACAGUGAAUACAAGGCUGGUCCAUAAGUGCUCUUGUGUGGGAAAAACUCAACAAUUGGAAAACGAAGAUGGGGAAAACAUGGGGGAGCCUUCCUCAAGACCAGAAUCUUCUCAUGCCUGUGUGGAACACUACCCAUGGAUGUCUGAAAAUGAUAUGAGAGAGAUAAGCAAAGGACUCAGUGACUUAAAACAAUCCAUGCAACUUAGUUUGGAGACUCAGAAGAAACAAAAUAGUGAUGUAGGCGAACUAGCUGGAAUUGGGAAACCCUUGAUAAGUCCUUUACAUGAAAUUGGAGAAUGUGGUUCUCAUGGCGAUUUUGAAACCUGCCAAUUUGGAAAGAAUAUUCCAGUUUCAACGCUGCAAUGUUCAGAACAAGCAGCAACUAAGCCAUAUUCAGAAUUAAGAGAGAGUUACAAAACUUCAACAAUAAAUGCGAUGGAGACCAAAAUUAGAAGCCUUAAAUCGACACUCUCUAAAUUGAAAGUUAGCAGAGCACUGAGUGUUUUGGAACUGGAACGAUAUAAGUACCUCUAUCAUGAAGAAUUAAGCAUUAGAAAAUCAUUUCAGUAUUACCUAAACAAGAGUAAGGACAAUUUAGAGAAGAGCAAGACAAUGAUUCAAAUGGAAAUGCAAAGCGGACCUGCAGUAAACACACAAAGCCUGAGGCCAUUCACUGAGUGCUCUUCUGCAGGGUAUUUUGACAGCAUCCCAGGAAAAAGUAAGUCUUUUUCCAAGAAAAUACCUGACAGCAUCUUCCUCAAACUCUCAACCAUCAGCCCGUGGCCUAGAAUGAUUGGCUAUAUUUUUAGUUAA